AAUUAUUUUAUACCUUGACAUUACAUUGUUAGUUGGUCAGCGAUCGUUCUUAAAUAAAGUUUGUUGAAAAUCUCUAGUCCUUCCUGUUUGUAUUGCAAAGAUGGAGGUAGAGGGAAUAUUCCCCCCGCUGUCACUCUCUGCUAAGUUUGAGGGGUCAUUUGCCUAUCUGACUGUGAGAGAUAGGCUACCAACCAUACUCACAAAAGUGGUAGACACAUUACAUCGCAAUAAAGAAAAUUUCUUCAAAGACUAUGGAGAGGACGGUAUCAAGGCAGAGAAGAGGGCCAUCUCCUUCCUGUCCAAGCUGAGGAAUGAACUGCAGACAGACAAACCUGUGCUGCUUCUGACUGAUAAUGCUGAGGACACAGAGGCCUGGAAUGAAUACAUGGGUAGACAGCAGGACCUGAUGGAGGACGGGCAGCUUGUCAGCUGGUUCAAGUCACCAUGGCUUUAUAUGGAGUGCUACAUGUACCGAAGGAUCCAAGAGGCUCUGUAUAUGAAUCCACCGAUGGAUAAAUUUGACGUGUAUAAGGAGGGAAAGACACAAAGCUUCUUUGAAUCUCAACAAGCGAUUAAAAGUCUCUGUACAUACCUUCAGGAGCUCAUCACCAACAUGGAAAACAUGACUGAGAUGAAGCUGCGAGAGAACUUUCUCAAGUUGCUUCAGGUCUCUCUGUGGGGAAACAAGUGUGAUCUGUCGAUCUCUGCCGGACAGGACAACUCUCAAAGGUCCAAUCCCAUCGAUUCUCUCUCUGAUCUCCAGCGCUUCAUCAUUGUGGAUGACUCCAACAUGGUUUGGUCAACGCUGGUUGCUGCUCAAGGGUCCGGAUCCUCAGGGAAGAAGCAUGCGAGAGUGGACAUUAUUUUAGACAAUGCUGGUUUUGAGCUUGUUACCGAUCUGGUCCUCGCUGACUUCCUUAUUUCUGCUGGACUAGCCAAGCAAAUCCGAUUUCAUGGCAAGUCCAUCCCAUGGUUUGUCUCUGACGUCACCAAACAAGACUUUGAGUGGACCAUCAUGCAGACCAUGGCAGCUAAUCACAAGUGGAUGUCAGCUAGUGGUGUCCAAUGGAAGCAUUUCAUGAAAGAGGGCACCUGGUCCUACCAUGACCACCCUUUUUGGACUUUACCCCAUGAGUUCUGCGACAUGGCGCUGGAUGCAGCUGAUCUCUACAGAACGCUCCAGGGCUCUGAUCUGAUUCUCUUCAAAGGAGACCUGAACUACAGGAAGCUGACUGGCGAUAGGAAAUGGGAGCACACAGUUCUGUUUGAUAGGGCGUUGAGGGGAUUCCAUCCUGCCCCUCUCUGUAGUCUUAGGACAUUGAAGGCCGAUGUUCAGGUGGGCUUACAGCCUGGUCAGGCCGAGAAGCUCAGCUCUCAGGAUCCAGACUGGAUGACUAGCGGCAAAUACGCUGUGGUUCAGUUUUCCAGUCCACACAGAGAACAGUAGGAAUGUUUUUAAAGGGUUAGUUCACCCAAAAAUGAAAAUUCUGUCAUUAAAUUACUCACUCUCAUGUCGUUCCAAACCCGUAAGACUUUCGUUUAUCUUCGGAACACAAAUUAAGAUAUUUUAAAUGAAAUCUGAGCGAUUUCUGUCCCUCCAUUGACAGCUACACAACUACCACUUUGACGCUUCAAAAAUAUAAAGAGAUCGUAAAACUAAUCCAUAUGAAUUGAGUGCUUUAGUCCAAAUCUUGAGAGACAUGAUUGCUUUAUAUGAUGAACAGAUUGAAUUUAGGCUUUUAUUCACAUAUAAACAUUCAUCAACGCACACAUCAGUUAUGGUAAACUGAAGCUCAAGCAUGUUUGCUUGACAUGCGAGAACCAAU